CGCACGGCCCCGGGAGCUCCGUACGAUGAUCUGCGGGCGGAGGGCGCGGCCCCGCCCCGAGCAGAGCGGGGGGGUCUUGAAGAAGUUGGGUCUGUCAGAGGAUGAGGACCUCCAGCUGAUGUUGCAGGGCUCCCUGCUGCUCAAGGUGACCCCACGGCGGGCGAAGGAGCGGCGGUACCGCCUGCAGGAGGAUGGGGUCACCGUGGUGUCUGAGCGGCGCUUCGGCCGCAUGGCCUCCAAACACAGCUUCUCCGUUGCACACAUUGUGUCAGUGCACCGGGGGCACCAUUCGGAGGGGCUGCGCCGGUAUGGCUGUGCCAUCCCUGAGUGGAACUGCUUCACCAUCGCCUUCGAGGGCGGGCGCAGGAACCUGGACCUGGGGGCACGGGAUGAGGACGUGGCACUGCGCUGGCGUAGCUGGAUCCAUGGCAUGCUGCAGCGUGCCGAUAAGGACAAGGACAACAGGAUGUGCUUCCAGGAGGUGCAGAUCAUGCUGCGCAUGGCCAACAUCCACAUGGACAAUGCCUACGCCCACCAGCUCUUCAAGGAAUGUGACCACUCCGGUGAUGGGCGGUUGGAGGACCGGGAGCUGGAGGACUUCUGCCGGCGGCUGCUGCGGCGCCCGGAGCUGGAGGAGCUCUUUGGGCACUAUUCGGGUGAGGACUGCGUGUUGUCGGCCGAGGAGCUGCGGGAUUUCCUGCAGGACCAGGGCGAGGAGGGCACCCUACACCAGGCCUGUGCCAUCAUCUGUGCCCAUGAGCUCAACGAGAAGGCCCGGCAGCAGGGCCUGAUGACACUGGAUGGCUUCACGAUGUACCUCCUGUCAGCUGCUGGUGACAUCCUCAACCAGGAGCACACGCAGGUACACCAGGACAUGAGCCAGCCCUUGUGCCACUACUUCAUCUCCUCAUCCCAUAACACCUACCUGACCCGCAACCAGAUUGGAGGCACCAGCAGCACUGAAGCCUAUGCCAGGGCACUGAUGAUGGGAUGCCGUUGCGUGGAGCUGGACUGCUGGGAGGGUCCCGAUGGGGAGCCCAUCGUCUGCCAUGGCCAUAUGUUCACCUCCAAGAUCCUCUUCCGUGAUGUCAUCGAGGCUAUCCGCGAUUACGCCUUCAAGCGAUCGCCAUACCCCGUCAUCCUCUCGCUGGAGAACCACUGCGGGGUGCAGCAGCAGGCCACCAUGGCGCGGCACAUGAAGGCCAUCCUUGGGGACAUGCUGCUGACACAGCCCCUGGAAGGACAGGACCCCAGUGUCCUCCCGUCCCCAGAGCAGCUGAAGGGGAAAGUCCUGGUGAAGGGCAAAAAGCUGCCAGAGCUGCAGAGUGAGACCUGCAGUGUCACCUCCAUCCUGGAUGAAGAGGAGGAAGAGGAGACAGAGGAAGAGGACAGGCUGCAGGUUGUCAAUUUUUUGGGGUCUCCAUCACCUUGGGGUCUCUAUCAUCUUAGGCUGUCCAUGCUUUGGACUAACAUCUUGGGAUGUCCAUUGCUUUGGGUUGUCCUUUGCUUUGGGGUAUUUGACAUGUUGGGAUGUCCAUUGCUUUGAAUUGUCCUUUGCUUUGGGGUAUCUCACAUGUUGGGAUGUCCAUUGCUUUGGGUUGUCCUUUGCUUUGGGGUAUUUGACAUGUUGGGAUGUCCAUUGCUUUGGGUUGUCCUUUGC